AUGGGGUCAGAGCGGACUGCGCUGCCCCUGGCGGUGCUGUGCUCAUGCUGGGAGGAGUCAGCUCCGACGUCCGCCCAACACCGGCGCAGGAGGUGCAGCGACGCUGUAGAUCCGAAGCUAUCCCAAUGUCCACCUUGGACCGCUCCAAGACAAUGCAGAGGACGUAAAAUUCCCCAACAAAUUGAGUUCGUCCGUAGCGGCUCAACGACACGUCCCCGCUCCUACCUGGCGGCGAUCAGCCUCCGGCCACAGGAGAUGGGCACCACCGCAAAGCCCCCUUCCUUCGUCUGCUUGAAGUGGCCUUGGGGCCCUAGCCUUAAUGCGAGCCCUAGCGGCAGCCCAAGCCCCUGCGGUGACCUCGAGCGCCCCUGGCUCUUCAAGUCCAUCUCGACCGUCGCGCAAGGCCUCGUCAUCGCCGGUGACAUCCCCUCCGCUUCCACUGGAAGCGGAGGUCAUGGGGCGAGGUUGUGGAAGCGUCACCCGGGCACCGCGCCGGGCCUCGUGCGCGAGCUCGAGGACGGUGGCAAUGCAUCCGCGAGCUUCGUGCUCGCGGACGCCGAGGAUGACCGGUGGCUCCCGGAGUUAGUAUGUGAAUUGGGUGUUGAAAGUUUCUGCUUUAGGUUCCACUUCCUUGAAAGCCACGUGUUAACUCAUAAAACGGUUACAGCCAAUCGUUUAACUGUGUUAUCCUCUCGUCAUCUGAAGGUUAAUGAUGGAGCUCAGCUUACCAAGCUCACCGAAGAUGCUAUUUUUCUUGACAUUGUUUGUUUUGAGGUUGCUUACCGCGUGCUCUCCUUCACACCCGGUCUUUCUUCUGUUGCUAAUCUCCUCUGA